CCUCAUCUCGCAUGUGUUGGCGACAACUGCGAACCAUUCAUAUCAUGUGCAUGCGAACUAAACACUGUAAUGAUGGCACUGAACACAGGUACCUCCUCCAUCCGGGCAUUGUCCGUGUCUCGCCGCGAUUUGGCUGGUAAACCAUCCCUUAGGUGCACACCAAUCACGGGCUGUACAUGCGACAAAGUUGACCCACACGACCACAUCGUACGGCAUCGCUUGGUAUUCAUAGCGAGGUCAUCGUCCCUUGCACAAGAAACCCAAGCACCGUGAAGCGUCCGUUCGUCUGGGCACUUGCUUGCGCCUUCUUGAUUCGGGGGGCUUGUUUAUCUCAAUUCGAGUUACCGGGUAUAUGCAAGCACUAUAUCUUCAGCACUCCCACCUUCCUGCCUUCGCAAGGCAACAAGAAAGUCCAUCACCAUGAAAAAUUCACUCAUUGCUGGCCUUUUGGCUGUCGCUGGCGCCAACUGCAAGCCGACCUCGCACAUCGAGAGCGAGACCGUCAAUGUCGAGAAUUUGCAAACAGUACCUCAAGGGUGGACCGCAAUUGGUGCUCCAGCAGGGUAUCACAAGCUCCCCUUCCGCAUUGCGGCUGAUAGUGUCAUCCUAGAGCGAACGCUCAUGGAGGUCUCAGACCCCAGUCAUGCUCGCUAUGGCAAACACCUGAAGCGUGAUGAGCUCAAAGACCUUGUCAAGCCCCGUGCCGAGUCUACCAAGGCCGUUCUGAGCUGGCUUGAGGAGUCAGGUAUCAGCUCUGCAGACAUCAAGAACGACGGCGAAUGGAUCACUCUCCACGCCCCUGUCGAGAGAGCCGAGUCGAUGCUGGGCACCACUUUCAAGACCUACCAGAACGAGGUUCGCCCAGAUGUGAAGAGGAUUCGAUCUCUGAGCUAUUCCGUGCCAAAAGCUGUCCGCGACCACAUCGACAUGAUCCAGCCGACUACUCGUUUCGGCCAGAUUAAGGCAGAGCGCAGCAACGUCCUUACGCAGGAAGCCGCUCCGUUCUCUGUUGCUGCAGUCAACGCCACUUGCAACACCACCAUCACCCCAGCUUGUCUCAAGGACUUGUACAACUUCGCCGACUACAAGAUUGACCCCAAUGGUGCCGUGAAGCUCGGUGUGAGCGGCUUUUUGGAACAGUUGGCACGCUACGCGGACUUGCAACAGUUCACUUCGACAUUUGCGCCAAACGCUGGUAGUAACUUCUCUUCCACUUCCGUAAAUGGCGGCACGCUGGACCAGAACGCUACCGAUGACAGUGUUGAGGCCAAUCUUGAUAUUGACUACACAGUGGGUUUGGUCGACCCUAGCAUCGAGACAACCUUCUACAGUACCGCUGGACGUGGCAUCCUGGUCCCCGAUCUUGAUCAGCCAUCUGAGGCGGACAACGCCAACGAGCCUUAUCUUGAUUUCUUCACUUACCUUGCGGGACUUCCCGAUGACGAGCUUCCUCAGGUCCUUUCGACCUCGUAUGGUGAGGAUGAGCAGAGCGUGCCCGCCACCUAUGCUAAGAAGGUGUGCGACAUCAUAGGUCAGCUCGGCACCCGUGGUGUGUCUGUCAUCUUCAGCAGUGGAGAUACCGGUGUCGGCUCAACAUGCCAGACUAACGACGGCAAGAACACCACUCGCUUUUCGCCCAUCUUCCCUGCUUCCUGCCCCUACGUUACUUCAGUCGGAGGCACUUACAGGGUGGAGCCUGAGCGGGCAGUCAGCUUCUCCUCAGGCGGUUUCUCUGAUCUUUGGAAGCGUCCUGCUUACCAGGACAAGGCAGUCAGCACAUAUCUUGAGAAGCUUGGCAGCCAGUGGGAGGGUCUCUAUAACCGCGAUGGACGUGGUUUCCCCGAUGUUGCUGCUCAAGGUCAGGGCUUCCGUGUUGUAGACAAAGACCGUCAGAUCUCAGUUAGAGGCACUAGUGCCUCAGCACCUGUAUUUGCUUCCGUCGUCGCACUCCUGAACAACGCUCGUCUUGCCGCAGGCCAACCUGCACUUGGCUUCCUGAACCCAUGGAUCUACAGCAAGGGCUACCAGGGCUUCACUGAUAUCAAGGAUGGAGGUUCGACCGGAUGCACUGGCAGGUCGAUCUACUCCGGUCUUAAGGCGGCCCUGGUGCCUUAUGCAUCGUGGAACGCGACUGAGGGCUGGGACCCGGUUACCGGCUACGGUACGCCCAACUUCGGUGAUCUGCUUGAGCUCUCACAAAGCCGGUCUUACAGUGUGCCUAAGGAGUGGCGGGCAUAGGCCUCUCGUUUGCGGACCAAGCUGGGCAUAGU